AUGGGAAUAUAUGGAGUGAUGACAGGGAAAAAAGGAAAGAGUGGGUUUGGAUCUGCUUCUACUGCUGAAGAUGUUACUCAAGCCAUUGAUGCCAGUCAUCUCACUGCCAUCAUCACAGGUGGAACAAGUGGGAUUGGAUUGGAGGCAGCUAGAGUGUUAGCAAUGAGAGGAGCUCAUGUCAUCAUUGCCGCAAGAAACCCAAAAGCUGCUAAUGAGUCUAAAGAGAUGAUUCUUCAGAUGAACCCUAAUGCUCGCGUCGACUAUCUCCAGAUCGAUGUCUCUUCCAUCAAAUCAGUCAGAUCCUUCGUUGAUCAGUUUCUUGCCCUUAAUGUUCCUCUCAACAUUCUCAUAAACAAUGCAGGUGUUAUGUUUUGUCCUUUCAAGCUCACUGAAGAUGGGAUUGAAUCACAAUUCGCAACAAACCACAUUGGUCAUUUUCUGUUGACGAAUCUGCUUCUGGACAAAAUGAAGAGUACCGCGAGAGAAAGUGGAGUCCAAGGAAGGAUUGUGAAUUUGUCAUCUAUUGCUCAUACUUAUACUUACUCUGAAGGUAUCAAGUUCCAAGGCAUCAAUGACCCUGCUGGACUACAGGUAAUAUAUUAUUANCACAUUGAUAUACUUAAAUUAAAUCAAAGUUUGAUGCCAUAAAAUGAUGAAUAUGAUUUUGGGAUGUAGGAAGAAGGUGUGAACAUCACUAUAAAUUCGGUGCACCCUGGUCUUGUCACCACUAAUCUCUUUCGCCACUCCGGUUUUAGCAUGAAGGUCUUCAGGGCUAUGACUUUCCUCUUUUGGAAAAAUAUACCUCAGGGAGCAGCAACAACAUGCUACGUUGCACUUCAUCCAGAUCUCGAAGGCGUCACCGGAAAGUAUUUCGGCGACUGUAACAUCGUUGCUCCGAGCAAAUUUGCUACCAACAAUUCUCUCGCCGAUAAACUUUGGGAUUUCAGUGUCUUUCUCAUCGAUUCUAUCUCUAAAUAA